CGAUGCGAUCUGUCACCGCUACGUGGCUGUCGGCUGUCCAACUCGAACACAGAAUCAUUAGCACUUGGCAUAGCAGUUGGUAGUUUUGCACACUCAAGUUCCCGUUAAAUUCACAAAAUAUCAGUUAAAAUCACAAUGAACGCGAAAGCUCUACUCAUCUUCGCUCUGGCUGCGUUGUCCGCUUCCGUAUGCCGUGCCAGUUCCUGCAGCAAUCCGGAGGUAAAAUCGAACUUUUUCUCUACCUCGGAUGCAACCAUCGUAAGCCAGAUUGCCUUUGUCACGGAAUUUACGCUGAAAUGUUCCAAUGCCGGAGCUGAGAAACUUCCGCUGUUUGCCGAAGUUGGUGGAAAGUUGGCCCCGGUGGUUCGGGUUGGCGACAACAAAUACCAGGUCAGUUGGAGCGAAGAAAUCAAGAAGGCCAGCAGCGGUAAAUACACGAUCCGGCUGUUCGAUGAGGAAUCCUUCGCAGCAGUGCGCAAAGCACAACGUGCCGGAGAAGAUGUUCAGUCGGUUAAACCUCUGACCAACGUGGUGGUCAAUUUCCCCGGUGCCUACAAGGGACCGUGGAUCAACUCGGAAAUCCUGGCCACUGGUGUGGUAGCAAUUGUGGCAUACAUAGCCUUCUCCACACGAACCAAACUGUUGGCGUAAAUUGACUUUCGGUUCGGGUUUGGUGUGAACCAACAGCGCUCAGGAGAUUACAUCCCGUCAUGUUCAUUAAGUUACUCCAUGUUCUCGUUGAAUAACAUUAACAUUUAUCAUGUGCAUUCAACAUUUUCUUCAUCUGUAAACUUUCAAAAGUUUGCGGGCUGGGUUGUAUAAGGCUGACGAAUAAACAACCUUUCAAACUUAA